CAAGUAGAGACGACAAGAGUGAUAGAGAUAUUUUUUUACAAGCAAAUUAUACCAACAACUCAAAGACUAUGAGCACAAAUAGCUACGACGAAGAAGCUUCUAUCCUUCUGUCAAAGAACAUCACAAAAUCUUUACUUGUGAAGAAUGCUCUCGACUUAGAGGCGUUAAAGAAACGGGCUCGACUGCUAGAGAAAGAGAAGAAUUCAGAAGCGAGAUUAUUCCUCAAGAAAAAGGAGAUUCUUUUAAAACGACAGGCGACUAGAAACUCUGGGACCCUUUCGAGUCAACGACCUUUGUCCUCUAGAAGUUUGAUUCCGCCAGAAACGAAUGUCAGUCGAUGGAAAAGUGACACAGACUUGAACAGAGAAUUAUCUCUCGGAGCGCGAACGCAAGAUAUGAAUGAAAAAAGCGGGAGGCAGAAGUUGCUAUCGCCCUGGCUUCCCUUGCUUUCUGAAGGAGCCAAAAGAAGGAGCGGAACAUUCUCUUCACUGGAUCAGUAUGAAAGUACUUCGACUUCUCUUCCAGAUAUACAUGGAGGUUCAAUUGGAAAAACGAAAUUAAAGAAAUACAGUGACACAAACCCACCACGGCCAGUUUCUUCUCAAGGCAAAAAGAAGACUGAAGUCUCCACUUCUGUUAUUGACGACUGGCAAGAUUUGCGAAAGAUUAGAUAUUUGCGCAGGUAACCACGAUCAAAGGCAAAAAAAAUGUAACUAUGAUCCGCGUGUCGCCCAUCAGCGAAAAAAACUACAUCAGGCUCUGAUUUGAUUGGUCACUGUUGUGUGUGAUCUGAGACUCUUGGUGGACGCUUCGCGCGCUUCGAGGUUCUUUUUGUAAGAAGUUUCCCAACCCAAGCUACGUACGUACGUGACCUGUUGGUAAAUCGAAGGGCGAUGGUAAACGCACGCGAUAGUAACGGAAGAAUCGAAAACUAAAGAACUACUCCUCCACCACUAUCGUGCUUGUAACUUUAUAUUUCCCUACUUAUUAUGCCUGGGACAGCUACAAACUUCGUGGUUCAGAUGAGUAGAAUACGAUCUUAGCUCUCAUGGAAUCUCACAUUGGGAUGUCAACAACAAAGCUCAGUUUAUUUAUUUUUGUAGUAAUGAUGACCUUCGGAAAGAUCUGCUUUCCGUUUUUUCCUUCUUUAAUAUUACAAAAAACGAGAAAACGAUGAGAGUGUUCAAGUGAAUUUUCUCAUUAUACGGCUAUAUGUAUUCGAUCAUAUGAUGGUUAUAAAUUUAUUCAAAGUACAUUAUAGAAAAUUUUUGUGA